UCAAAAAAUGCCACGUCAUUGGACUCGACGGAAAAUGGCGGGAUCUUGGUGAAUCUCUCUGGUUUGUUGUUAGGCAGUAAGUAAGUGUAGUUAAAUGUCUUAACAGUUAUGUUGUUGGAUCCUUUGACAUGUGGUUUUUCAAAAGGAUAUUUUUUUGAAGUUAUUUUGAAGGACCAACAUAAACUUGGAAAAAACGUCUCACAGUCUGAUACAUCAACAGUUUAUCAUGAACACUUGAGUGGUUUCAUUGAGAAGUUCAAAGAUGCUGUUGGCUUUGUUGAUUACAGCUAUGAACAUUACAAAAAAAAUGCUAUCAAACUGAAAGAAGCUAUUUUCAACAUUGGAAAAACAUCCACAGAAAACAAAAUUUUGUUUUUAAAAACAUUCUCAUUUGAAGCAUGGGAGAAACUGUGUAUCAAAGAAAAGAGAAAACAUUCUUUUAUAAAUUGUAAGGGAUGUUUUUGCUAUGAAAAAUACCGCAUACCACUUGCCUUAUUUCCAAUUAAAUCUAGACCAUUGAGAAGAAAAGCGACAGAUGCUGGGUUAUUCAAACCAAAAAAGAAAAUUUUGUUAGAGAUAACUGAUGACACUGUUGCUUCUUUGGAUCAGAAUUUCAAAAAAGAUCACUCCAUCACUUUUAAAAAAGCCUUUACACUCUCAAAAAAGGUCAAAGAGAAGGCAAGAAAGGCUGAAAUUUGCAAAAAUAUCAAGUUGGAUAUAGAGAAUCAGUGGAAGGAAACUUCUGUUGCAAGGCUGAUUGGUACAAAUAUCUCAAUACCAACAGAAGAAAGAAGUACGGAGGUUGAAGCUCAAUUGAAAGAGCAGGUUGCUAAGGGUGUAUAUUCGAUUGGAGAGGCAUUGGUACCGCAAGAAUUUGACAGUCUGUCACUUGUUAAUAAUGAAAUUAGAAAUGAAAAGAUUGUAGUUGAAGGACGAAAGAAAAACAUGGAUGUCGUACGACAAGCAUUGACAAAAAAGCAUGCGCCAUAUCUUCGACUACAUCCAGAUUCGUUUUAUGAAAACAUGGACAACAGAACAUUGGAAUUAGAAUAUAAAAGAUUAGGUAUUGUUUAUGAUGAAAACGAUUCAUCAAUGUCCGUGGAAAACCUUAAAAUUUUACAACGACAACGACAUAUUGGUAAUGGGCACGAUACAUCAUCGAUUUCGAACCAUUCCCAUCUUCUGGUUAUCGUCUUUUGUUUAUACGACAAAGCGAUAUUUUAUUCGAACGAAGAAUACUUCGAUAAAACAGGUAAGAUUGAGAAUAUAAUAUUAAUAAUGUACGUUUGUUGUCUUAAAAAUAAAAUAUCGAAUUCAAAACGUGACUUCUUCUUCUGCCCACUCCCUUGAUAUUGCAAAAUAUUUAUUGCCAAAUCAGAGAUGAUGAUCUAGCUCACCAGUUCCUUUUUCUACUCAUGUACUAGCACAAUCUUUCGCAAAAUAGCGGGUAGGCAAUUCGGUAGUUUAUAUCGCGCACGGAAAUGCCGUAUGGGAUCGCAGACCCCAUCGGGUAAAUAAUUUUCAAGAAUAUGUACAAAAACACUUCGAGCAAGAAUACCUUCCCGAAUCAACCUUGGCCUAACAACUUAGCUGACAUUCUGCUGAAAGGCAACCGCGCUGCGCGUUUUAGUGUCUUGACACAGCAUACGUAAGAAAAGGCUCUGGGGACGAGGUUGCGUCACCUCCGGCAAGGCUCGCUGAGUUUUAAAGAUCUCGGAAAUUACCAACUCAGAGGAGACAAGAAAUAUGACCCGCUAAUCAGAUUAUUGAGUUAUAUCGAUAUAGUGCCAAUUAGGUUAUGUCCCAGAGAGGAAUUUCCGUAUCCGUAUAGUUCCCAGCGGUCGAGGUUGAUAAUUCACGGGUUUUUUUUCCUGAUAGUUUCAACUAACUUGGCGAGCGAUAAAAUCUAACAUGGCUACCUCGCAGUAUAAAAAUUCAUGAUAUUUCACAAAGUUAGUUCCCGGGGUUCCUGGUUCUUUCAUCUAAUUGACCCGAAAAUUCGCAAUACACCUUUC